ACGGUGGACCCAUUUCGAGCAACGUAAUGCCAGAAUCCUCAUAUGCUGUGCCGGCAAGCGAGUGCACUUGCAUCCAGCGAAUAUUCUGAUCUCUGGGAAAUGACGACGCUGGAUCGGACAGCCAUAUAGAUCCACCCAUUCGCCAUUGAUGCUCUGCUCUGCAAUGCUAUUGCAUCCAUCAGGUCUGUGUGGACCAGCAGUACGUACUGUCUCGGCCACCUCGCUAAGAUACGACUGAUCCUCUGUGACGUGUGCUCUCUGUCGCACCUGCGUCUGCUCCAACAUAGAACGCGCGCCAAUCUGAAGGUUAAAUAGAGAUGCAGAAACUCCUUUUACCAAUUUUUCAGGAAGAACAGGAAGCCGCUUAAAAAAUAUAGAGACUCCACUAAUGAGAAGGGAGAGUCCAGUAAAAGAAAGGAAAAAUCAAAUGCUCCUACAUGCUACAACUGCAACAAAGUGGGGCACAUCAAACCUGACUGCCCACUACUGAAAAAGGAGGCUAAGAAAAAGAAGAGAGCCAUGAAAGCCGGAACUUCAUGGGAUCAAUUCAGCAGCAGUGACUCGGAUUCAGAUCAUAGUGACACGGAGGUCGCUAAUCUGUGCUUAAUGGCACACGGGGAUGAGGUAUGCCUCAGAUCAUCCUCAUCCAAGGACCGGUGGUACUUAGAUAGUGGGUGCUCACGACACAUGACCGGUGACAAGGGAAAAUUCACUUCAAUUGUUCCCAAGGAUGGAGGCUACGUGACAUUUGGCGACAAUGCCAAAGGACGCAUCAUCGGGGUAGGUAAGGUUGCGCAUGGACUGAGGGGGCGGUAAUCCAAUCCAGUAAGCAUUGUGUGAAGGUUGAGGUCAGCCAUGUGCUAAUUGAUAUGGUUUGUAUAGGUGCCGCUCCACUCAUUUAAGUGAGCAAUUAUAGUGAUAAUCCUUGUACUUGUUAGCCAAGGCAAGGACGUAGGCAAUUGGCCGAACCUCGAUAACAUUUCUACGUGCUACUCUUACUUUACCGCUUUCUGGUGCUUGUGUUGUCAAUUAGACUACUUUAUUUAAUUAUUGGUACAUAUUACAACUGAUU